AUGGUGUUUGGCACAGCAGAAGUCCAGGACUUGCUUAACUUCCAUUUUCCUCUCAUCCAAGCUCACAUUAAGACCUGCCUGCGGCACCCGCAGAACAAGAACAGCCACUGGACCGGUCGUAGAGCCCCUCCCUUUGCCCCUGUCAAACGCCCAGAGGGACCCAGACAGCGCAUCACCUCUGCACAUAGGCACCGCGUCAACGAGCUCAGUAACCAGGUAUGGGAGCUGAAGCAGCUGCUGACUGGGGCUUCCAGGGAGAACCAGCUGCUGCGACGUAUCCAGAGUCGCCAUGUGGUGGCGCUGAAACACUUCCAGGACUCUCAGGCUGCUCUGCCGCAGAUCCUGCAGAAGCACGACAACGAGGUGCGCGCUCUGCGUGAAUGUCUGCACAAGGCUCAGUUCCACAAGCACGCGCUGACCAUCAGGCUGCGCGACACGGAGGACAGACUGAUGCACACCAAAGACGCCGUACAGAAACUGCAGCUUCUCAGCCAAGACCGCAACUUGGGGGAGAGGGAAGAACUGGCCCAGCAGCUCGGUUUGAUCAGCGCAGAGCUGGAGAGAAAGACUAAGAGGAUCCAGGACUUGGAGAGGAACCUUGAACUGAGCACGGCAUCCUUUUAUCGCCAAAUAAACGCUGAAUCCCGGAAGACGUUGGAGGCUCGUGACAUGUCCAGAUCACUCCAAGAACACAUAAGGCAGUUAAAUCAAAAAAUCAAAGAGAAAGAGAGAGAACUGGAGAGUCAUUUUAUCUAUUCCCAUAGAAUUCCAAAAGACUUUGCCAAAAGAGGAAAAACAGACAGCAAAUCGGUUCAGACAGGGACGCCAUCGCCUCUACCUGUUGAGGGGCCGACGCAUUCGCUGGAACUCCAAAAGCAGUACGACAGCAACGAGGAUUCAGUGACGGAGCUGGACCAGAAAGGAAGCGCAGAAACUGCAGAGAGUCUUGCUGUUUGUUUCCCCGACACACAAGAUGACAGAGAAAAUGACAAUGAGCAGGAGUUGAGUUAUGGUCAUGACUCUGUUAAGGAAACAACCGCAGAAGAAUGUAGUGAUGGUGAAGAGGAAUGUCAUAGUGUGACUGAGGGAGUAACAGAGCAAACAGGUUGUGCUGAGAUUGAGCAGACGUUGCCAGAGAAGAAGGAGACAAGCUUGGGAGACUUCUUUGGAGACCCUCCUAAAACGAACAAAAGUCCCAAGCCUCUAGUCAGAACCAGAAGGCAGUACACGUUCAAACAGACCAUUCAGAACCUACACUGCGGGAGACCUGCCUACGCUCCACGGGGUCAGAACUUUACAGGGACCCGCCGAAAGUCGAUGACCAGUCAGGGUAAGACGGCGGACCAGGACACCAGCGUGUACGACCCGUUCUUCACAGGGGAUGAUGGGAACGCGACCAGACAAGAGUCUGACCCUGUGGAGGAGCUGAUCAAUAAUAAGAAGGUUAAUCUGAUGAAAGAACUUUUUGGCCAAGUCAAGAUUUUUGACCAGGUACCUCAGGAGAAGAAUGUACUUCAUACUGAAAGCUCAGAUCUGGACCACAAUCCUUCCUGUCACAAAGGUCAUAAGACAAUAACCCGUCAGGAUAAGGCAGCAGACCUGGUCACCGGCGUGUAUGACCCGCCUUUCACAGGGGAUGCUGGGAAAACGACCAGACAAGGGAGUGAGCCCGUGGAAGUUAAUAGUAAGAAGAGUAGUCUGAUGAAAGAACUUUUCGGGCUAGUCAAGAUUUUUGACCAAUCGGCUAAGGAGAAGGAUGUCCCUCACACGUAA